GGAUCAGAAACUGCUUUUACCUCUGUGCUUCUGCCUUCGAAGCGUGACCCAGUGAGCCGCAGAUGGUGGCCCGGGAUGCAUCUGUCCCAGGCAUCCUCUGCAAGGAGGGGAAAAUCCUCCCUUUGACAGAGGGGCUCCCACAGCCCUGGAAGCCCUGGCAACGCACGAAGCCGUGCCUCGCCUCCCGUCCCGCUCCGGGCGCUCUCCCUGGGGCCUUAGCCUGCCUGGAGCGUGGGCUGCCUGCAAACUCGCUGAGCCGCGGGGCGUGACGCCCCCCGGGCCCCUUCUGGGCUCUCCCAGCGGCCGCCAAGCGGCAGCCGCGCCGGGGUCGGUCGGUGGGGCACGAAGCCGCCGGCGGGAGCCCGCCCUGCCCGGCCCUGCCCGGCCCUGCCCGCCUCCGCGGCCUGUGCAGACCUGCGGGCGGGACCGCCAGCACACCCGGCGGGGUGGGAGCGGGGGCGGCGGCGCGGAGCGGGGCCGUGCCGCGCAGGGAGCCCGGCCCAGCGCUACCUGGCCUGCCGGCGGCCCGGCUGCAGGGACCCGAGGUCGGCGGGGAGCAGGACGCCUGAUCUUUGGCCUGGGACAGCCCGGCGCUAUGGCAGACCCCCCUGGUUGCUGCCGCCCCUGUGCCACCUGCCUGCUCUGCCUCUACAGCUGCCAGUGGAUCACCGCCAAAAAGGAGAAGAGAAAGGGGCUGAGAACCACCAAGUGUGACUGCAGCUGGUUCCUUUUCCUCUUCUGUGUCUUCCUCUUCACACUGGUGUGGCUCUACUUCACCGUCAUCAUCCUCAAUGACUUUCACAACUUCAAUGAGUUCAUCUUCAAGCAGAGGAAGUUGUGGCUAGACUGGUCCCUGGUCCUGCUCAUAGCUACGGCCGUGCUGAUCACCUAUUCUGCUGUGCUGCUGGUCCUUGCUUUGUGCUUGCAGCUCUGUGGCCAGCCCUUGAAGCUACACUGGCUGCACAAGACCCUGCUGAUCUUAACUGCCCUGUUGGUGGCUGCAGCCUUCACAGGGCUGGGAAUAAAGUGGGCGGAGGAGUGGAGAAGUGCACGCAUCUCCCUGCAGGCAACAGGUCCCUUCCUGCACAUUGGAAUCCUGGGAGGAAUGACGCUUCUUGCCUGGCCCCUGGCCAGCUUCAUCUACCGUACCCACAACACAGGUCUCAAGGUGUUUCUGCUGCUUGUGUACUGCGCGGUGAUGAUCGCACUGUAUCUGGCUCCCCUGGGAAUCACCUCCCCUUGCAUCAUGGAGGAGAGCCAGCUGCCCCCCAAGCCAGCCCUGGUUGGCCACAGAGGAGCACCCAUGCUGGCCCCUGAAAACACCCUUAUGUCACUGCGCAAGGCGGUGGACUGUGAUGUGCAAGUCUUUGAGACAGACGUCAUGGUGAGUGCUGAUGGGGUCCCAUUCCUCAUGCAUGACGAGGAACUCACCAGGACCACCAAUGUGCAGGCUGUGUUCCCCGAGAGGGCUGCCCUGAACAGCACUGCCUUCAACUGGACAGACCUCCAGCAGUUGGAUGCUGGCACCUGGUUCCUAGAGCGGAGGCCGUUUCCAACUGUGCAGAGUCUUUCUGCUGGCGAUCGCAACCAGGUGACUAAACAGAGGAUCCCAUCCCUGGAACAGGCACUAGAGGCAGCCAAACAGAGCAAUAUCUCAAUCAUGUUUGACCUCCGGCCUGAGAACCACAGUGACUACCAGAGCUUCGUCAAUGCCACCCUGGAUGUGAUCUUACAGUCAGGCAUCCCACUACAGCAGGUCCUCUGGCUGCCGGAUGGAUUCAGGGAACAGGUCAAACAGCAAGCCCCAGGCAUUCAGCAAGUUUACGGCCGGAAGAGACUCCAGAAUGAGAAGGAGCCACUACUGCAUGUUAAUCUGCCCUACCAGGACAUGAGCUCUGAGGAGAUCAGGCAGUACCGCCAGGACAACAUCUCUGUCAACUUGUAUGUGGUGAAUGAGCCCUGGCUGUUCUCUGUGCUGUGGUGCUCUGGGGUGAGCUCUGUCACCACCAACGCCUGCCAGGUGCUGAAGGAAAUGAAUCGCCCUAUCUGGCUGCUUCCCAGCAGCACAUACCUCAUGAUCUGGAUUGUUGUAGACUGUGCUUCCUUCCUUGUCAUUCUCUGGGCUUUCGUCUUGCUGAAGAAAUGCUCCCAGAGAAGAUGGCCAGUGGAGUCUGAGACAGAUGUGCUGCUCACAAAGAUCAACAGCUUGAUGCAAGAGUGACCCUCCAGCCUGCAUCAGCCAUGGGGAGGGGCGGCCAGAGCCCUGCACAGCUCAAG